AUGAAUACGAUGAGACUAUGGUUUCUCAUAUCGCUAACAUGUUUUGUCAAUUCAAAAAGCCCAAUUGAUUCUCUUGUACACAAACCAAAUUUGAUAACACAAACCUCAAUCCUUUCUGACCACGAGAAACUCAAUGAUGAUUUCCAUAAUAGUUCGAAUCCAGCUUCUACUAUCCAAUUAGCAUAUGUCACACCGUGGAAUAAUCGCGGCUACGAAUUGGCAAAAUUGACAGCUCACAAAUUAUCCCAUGUUUCGCCUGUUUGGUUUCAGAUAAAACCUCAAUAUGAGGAAGGAGUUUUCGAGACAUGUAGAAUUGAGGGUGCUCACGGAAUAAACAGAGAUUGGAUAAAUUUGCUCCGCCAGAAGAACAAGAAUAUUAGAAUUGUUCCGCGACUGAUUUUUGACAAUUGGUCGAAAAAUGAAAUGGACGAAUUUCUUGUAAAAACGCAACUUACAAAAAAGUGCAUCAACACGGCUGCCGAUUUUUAUCAGAAGAACGAGUUCGAUGGGAUAGUUGUCGAGUUUUACCUUCAAGCAAUAAUGGUCGAAAAUUCGAUGGAAGCAAAAUUGUAUAUUAUCGAAACAAUGGAAGAAAUCGCUGAUAUAUUCCAUAAACGGAAUCUUGAGGUGAUUUUCACAGUGCCUCAGCCUCUUUUUCCAACAAGAUCGCCUAGUAUGAUCAUUGAGCCGCAAGAAUUUAGAGAAAUUGCCCAGUUUGCUGACUAUGUUCAGGUGAUGACUUACGACUACAAUGGGGAUGAGCGUGCUGGAGUUUCGCCAUACAAUUGGUUUAAAGAAUGCAUUUCUUAUCUUGGAAAAGGUGGCAAAUCAGAGAAAUUACUCUCCGGAAUUAAUUGGUAUGGAUAUGAAUAUACGACUCGCAACGUUCAACCAAUCAUCGGAAAAAAGUUUUUGGAUAUAUUGUCCAUGUUCCAAGAUCUUGAAUUUAGUUUUGAUGAGCACGAAAUAGAGCAUAUUUUGUCAACACCUGAAUCGAUUAUUUAUUAUCCGUCGUUGACAUCUUUGGAAGCCCGAAUGAAAUUUGCCCGAGAAAAAACUGGUGGAAUUGCAAUUUGGGAUUAUGGCCAAGGAUUGGAUUACUUUACUAAUCUUCUUGUCUAG